AUGCCUCGCCAGGCCGCGUCGCGGUUGGUGGUCGGAGAGGGCGAGGGGUCCCAGGGGGCUUCGGGGCCUGCAGCCACCAUGCUCCGCUCCCUGCUGCUUCACUCCUUGAGGCUCUGCGCCCAGACCGCCUCGUGCCUCGUGCUCUUCCCGCGCUUCCUCGGCACGGCCUUCAUGCUCUGGCUUCUCGAUUUCUUGUGUAUCCGCAAGCAUUUCCUGGGCCGCCGCCGCCGGGGGCAGCCCGAGCCCGAAGUGGAGCUCAACAGUGAGGGCGAGGAGGUGCCCCCCGAUGACCCGCCCAUCUGCGUGUCCGACGACAACCGCCUGUGCACCCUGGCGUCGCUCAAGGCGGUGUGGCAUGGCCAGAAGUUGGAUUUCUUCAAGCAGGCGCACGAGGGCGGUCCGGCGCCCAACUCCGAGGUGGUUCUGCCCGACGGCUUCCAGAGCCAGCACAUCCUCGACUACGCGCAAGGGAACCGCCCGCUGGUUCUCAAUUUCGGCAGCUGCACCUGACCACCGUUCAUGGCGCGCAUGAGCGCCUUCCAGCGCCUGGUCACCAAGUACCAGCGCGACGUCGACUUCCUCAUCAUCUACAUCGAGGAAGCGCACCCCUCCGACGGCUGGGUCACCACGGACUCCCCCUACAUCAUCCCGCAGCACCGGAGCCUGGAGGACCGGGUCAGUGCAGCGAGGGUACUGCAGCAAGGUGCACCCGGCUGCGCUCUGGUCCUCGACACCAUGGCCAACUCCAGCAGUUCGGCCUAUGGCGCCUACUUCGAGCGUCUCUAUGUCAUCCAGAGUGGCACUAUUAUGUACCAGGGCGGCCGUGGCCCCGACGGCUACCAGGUCUCUGAGCUGCGCACUUGGUUGGAACGCUAUGAUGAGCAACUGCACGGCGCUCGGCCCCGGAGGGUGUAAACAUCCAACGGACAAUUGACUGAACUGGGUGGGCUGGGCCUUCGGGCCUUCGAAGCCCACCUGCAAGCGCCUCAAACCAAGUCACGCUUGGCGAGGCCCCAGUGACACUGAUGUGCUGAGCCACCAUUUCAGACUGAGUCUGCGCCCUCAGCCACAUGAACAAUCUCCCCUACCUCCCUGGGACUCUGCUUCUAUAACUGUCUCAUUCACACAUGCCUGGCUCACUGGAAGUCCUCUUCUGAGGGCGGGAUACGGCUUGCCCUUGUCCGUGUGCCCCCAGGACUUUGCCUCUACAGCAUUUUCUUACGCCCUCUCCUCA